UGCUGGAUUUGUUUUGAUAAACUUUGGACUGUCACUUAAAUUACAUAUGACAACAUUUAACCUAAGAAUCAAACUUAAUAAUACCGUGAUGUUAUCUAUUAUCGAAAUGAUUGUUUACUGAAAUAAUUUUUUGUUUCCAUGUUUCUAAUAAACAAUUAAAUGAACGAAUGCUUUUAUUGGAUGAGUUAGCAAGUUCUUUUUCUUCAAUUAUUAAACAUGAUACAAAACCAACAGAGUAUAAAUCGGCUAAAACCGUUCCAAAAACAACCCCGGAGGUGCUUAAAACAACAGAAACGUGUUCAGAUGUAGAAUUUUCACCUCAUAAAACGCUGAAACGGAAAUUUCCUGGUCCAGCUGGUCUUUUACCAGAGAGAAAAACAUCUAAACAUUCACCUGAACUAGAACAACCAUCGACUGAAUCCCAAACAAUAUCAGAAAAUAUUAUUUGUUCACAACAAACUGCCACAACAUUUGAAGACAAACCAUGGACUUUAAUGUGCAAAGAUAUACAGGACAAUCUGUUGGAAACAUUCAAUAUAAAUUGGAUUCAAACACAAGUAAAUUUAAAUAAGUUAUAUAACAAAAAGGCGCCAUUUCUUGCAGCCAUUAUACAAACAUUAGAUGUUCCAGACACAAAAAUACCCACUGUUAAUGUAACAUUGAAAGAUAGAAGUGGAAGCAUACAAGGCACAAUUUUGAGCACUUUAUAUGAGGAAUAUGCUGAAUUUUUACUAGUUGGAGCAGUUUUAGUUUUGAAGAACUUCGGUGUUCUAACAACAGGGAAAAAUACAAAUAUACAUUUAACAAUAACUCCUAAUAAUUUGUUAACUAUUUACUCAAACCUAACAAAUGAUUGUUAUGAGCAGUAUGUUAAAAAGACUGUGGUGCAAAUGUUUAAAAGUGAAGAUAUUUGGAAGAGCUACAUAAAACCCAAAAUUUCAACAGAAAUAAAAAAAACGAAUUUCAACAGUUUAUAUAACAAAAGUAAUUCAGUGGUAAAAUUAGUAAAUAACAAGCCCAAACAAAAUGUAUUUGAUACAAGUGUUGGUGAAUUGGAUUUGACGCUGGAAGAUGAUUUUAAUAUACCUGAUGAUUUUGAAGAAAAAGUUUUGAGUCAAAUUUCCAUUAAAACUGAUAAAAACUCUGUUAAGACUAAUGAAAUUGUGAUAUGUGACAAUAAUAAGGACAAACAAAUUCUGGAAAACAUUUUUGAUGGUGUGAAUACUGAAGAUUUGUUUGAUGAUUUUUGAUUGUGCAUAUGUAUAAUCUUUAAUAUUUUUAUUUUCAAAUAAAUACUGUUAUAUUUCCUAA